AUGUUGGGAAAUGCUUCAUCCUCGGCAAUAGCAGAACAUGAAGCAUACAGUCCUUCACGGCGGAAAAUCACGAAUACUUCAUUUUCCACAACUCCAAACUUUCCUACUUCACCAAAACAAAGGCAAUCAAUUGCACCGAUUACAGUUAUUGAUCAUAUUGUUAAUUGGUUUCACAAAGAAGUGAGUUUAAAUCACAAUAUCAAAUAUAGUUCGAUGAAUUUUCAGAUCAAUUAUAGGAAACGUAUUGCGGUUGGAGUAACUUCGGCAAUCUGUAGUUUUUUAUUCAUUGUAGCUUGUACAAUUUUGAGAUUCUCUUUAUGGUCUUUCAAAGGUAAUUUUUCAAAAUAUGGUUACAAAUAUUUGAUAUUUGCAAUUUCAGAUACAUUCACAUGGUUCUUUCAUCCAAAUGAAUGGAUUCCGGUAUUUGUUGUUGGAAUAGUUGCAUCAGUUGUCAGUGUUUUCACAAUUCUUACAAUUUGUAAAGUCGAUCAACUUCAAAGAUUGCCAUAUACGGAAAGUUCUUCAUGGGCUUUAGUUGCAUUGGAUUUAGUUCAAAAAUUGAUAUUUUCAAAUUUUGCUAUUUAUAUGAGCGGAUUUUCUGAGACAACUGAAGGUUUUACACAUUAUGCUAUUUCAUUCGGACUUUUUGCAUUGGCUAUCGUAUCAGUCUUCAAGAAUGAUUUUCACUAUACUUUUCCAACAGUUCAAGUGGUUAGUUACUAUUUUCAAAUCAUACAUUUUUAUAACAUUUUCUUUUAGAAUUCUUUCAAUUCACUUUUUCAAUUCAUUGACCGAGUUCAAUUUCCAUAUAUAACUGAAAAUUGUGCAAUUGAAACAGUUCUUGCUUUCUUUACAAUUCCUGCAUCAAUCAUCAUUUUUGGCCCAAUGUUCAAUGGUUUCCAAACUUGGUGGAUUUUAUUCAAUGUUCCAUUUUUCAUCAAAAUAUUCGCUUUGCUUUUCAUUCAACACUUCUAUUCAAAGAUUUAUAUGCAUUUAGUCAAUCAAAUUGUAAUGCGACCAAUUAGUUUCAUAUUUCCACCAAGUUAUGCAGUUUAUUCUCCAACUCCUGAACAAACUCGAACUUUGACAAAUGUUCUUGAAACAAGUGAUCCAAUGUUAAAAAUGUUCGCAUUAUUUGAUCUUCGCCAAGUCGCAUGGAAUGAUGAAAUUCGUCGUCGCGAUGUAUUCUCACUUUCUCAACCAGGAGGACAUCCAAGAAAUUGGAAAUGUGUUUCAUCUGUUUGUGUUAGACAUCUAGAUGAAUUAUGUUCAAAAAUGAAAACAUCUGCGGCAAGACUUGUUGGAUAUUCUUGGGCUGAUCAUGAAGACAACGAAGAUGAUGAUAUUCCAACACGUGAUGCACUUUUAAUGCCAAGAAGAAUGCGUGAAAUGACAAAUCGCGUCAAAUCAAGAAGACCUCAAUACACUCAACAACAAUCAAGUCUUAUUCAAAAAAUGUAAGUUGUAUUUUUGAAAAAAACACAAACUAUAAAUUUAGUAGUUUACAUAAGAACAAAAAAUAUGUUUCAGCCUUGGUAAAUUCUCGAUGAUCACCCCGAAAAACGUUGUUUCUCGAUAUGAUGCACAAAUCAAUUCGUAUGCAGCUGAAGCACUUUAUAUGCUUAUUAUCGAUUCACUCGGAGAAGAUAAAUAUGGUGUUGUUCAAAAAGAUCUCAACGAUUUGAUUGGAUUGUUGUGUAAAUUGAUAUCGAGUAUUGAUGCUUACGAAAGAGCAAGAGCUGUGAGUUGUUUUUUUAUUAGAAUUCAUGUUUGUUAAAAUCUCUGUCAAAAUAUGUGAGAAUGUCCAAUUUCAAGUUCAUAUUCAACUAUAUUUUAUCCAGAUUAAUUGUUUGCAAACUCCUUGUAAUUUCAGAGUAUCGCUGACAAAUCCGAUAUAACAUAUUUGAGAAUUGUCGAUUCUUCUCUUCAAUCUUCACUUCAACGUGUUGUUGCUUCAUUUGGAAAUCAUCUGAGAUCUCUUAAUUUGCCUGUUGAGAAUCUCCAAACUAUUCGUCUCGUUUGUCAAAUCGACGAUUUUUAA